UCUCGCUCUGCUCCGGGCAGAAAGGGCCGCGCGCUGCACUUCUCGCGCCGGAGCUGACACAGAAGGCGCGCUGCUGCUGCUGCUUCCCCUUGCUGCGGGUUCCUUCUGGGUGUCGUCGGAAUGGUGAUCAAAGUGUUCGUAGCGACGUCCUCGGGGUCUACCAUGGUAGGUAUAACCAGGCGAUGUACGUUCCCACGGAUUAAGAAGAAACAGCAAGAGGUGGUGGGCUUUUUAGAGGCCAACAAGAUUGACUUUAAGGAAUUGGACAUAGCCUGUGAUGAAGACAACCGGAAAUGGAUGAGAGAGAAUGUUCCGGGUGAAAAGAAGCCACAAAACGGAAUCCCCCUCCCUCCACAAAUAUUCAAUGAGGAACAGUAUUGUGGGGAUUUUGACUCAUUUUUCUGUGCAAAAGAAGAAAAUAUUAUUUAUUCAUUCCUAGGUCUUGCACCUCCACCAGGCUCAUCGGAGGGAAGGAUUACCGAGGAGAUACCGACUGUGCCAAAUGGUGAAGUUUCAGGAGAAGAGCAGAAAACUGAAGAAGAGAUUGAAAAGACAGAAGGAACUGAGGAGAAUGAGGCAAACACAGAAGAGGAUGCAGAAGCUGAUUCUGCUGAAGUGCCAACAGAAGAACAGGAAGAAGGCAAAGAACAACCAGUGACAGAAGAAACAGAGGAAGCACAGGAGGAGGAAGAGGCAGAAGAGGAGGAAGAAGAAGCAGAGGAGGAGGAGGAAGAAGAAGAGGAAUCUUAGUACAAUUCUGUUACGACUUUUUCCUUCAGAAGACUGUUCAGGAAGCAGAAGCCCAUGGCAUCACUGCAGUGUGAAGAUAAAAGCAAUCACUUCCCCUCCAUGAAAACACCAUUGGCUUUACUCUCCAACUCCAGAUAUCGGCAUAGAUGUCACCUGAGACAUCAAGCAGCCCCACAGGCAAUCUUUGUAUGUUGUGUCAAAUGGGUCUUCAGAUCUUCAGAACUUGAUGGCCAACAAACACUGUGGGUCUGACUUUAGGGUGUAGGUUUCUGUGGGCGGGGAUUGUUUCUCUCUCCAUGUUUGUGCCCUGCCAGGCACAUGCUGACAACGCUCAGAGGUGAUGGCAAGGCUGAACGGAACUGGAACCUGCAAGGAAGCUCCACCUGUAUGUACCAUAACGACCUGCUUGUUUCUAAACUAGCCUUUGAAGUCGGUAUUCUUUUUGAUGUACAGCAACUGAAAUAAAGCACAUUUCAUGUUGACCAUC